CUUCUGUCAUGCCAAUUUCCUUAAAAUUUCUUCCCUCUGCUCUUUGUAGCAACUUUCUUGGGCUUAGACACCAGGCCCGAAGGGUAUUAUAGUACCAAAGUUUUCUAGAACCUGCACCUGGCUUACAUACCAGGGUUGAAGACUAUUAUUAAGUUACCUGCUGCCUCAAUCAAUGUUUUCACCUGCCAUUCGGACAUGGUAGACCGUAGCCAAAAACAAACUUGUUGGACAGUAUAUAACUGAAGUGGAAAGCGGGCAGACACUGUAGUUCUUCCACUCGAACUACUACAACAACUAAAACCUUCAGAUUUUUUUGAUAUGCGUGAGUAUCAUGCAUGGCAGAAGCGCCAGCUGAGAAUCCUUGAGUUGGGUAUUCUAGUACAUCCUUAUGUUCCUUUGAAACAUUCCAGUAUUGCUGCAGUAAGGCUCAGAGAAAUAAUACGGGGAGCAGAUGAUAAACCUAUUGAAAUGGGAAAGGAUUCGGAGACCAUGCAAGAAUUGCACAAUUUAGUUGUUGAAUCAGUUUGCAGGUCAAAUGAUGGGACUUCAUCAAAGUUUUUCCAUUGGGUUGAUGCCUUUCCUCUAAAUUUACACCUCUACCUUAUGCUCCUUGGAUCUUGCUUUGACCGUACACAACAGACAACUGUUAUUGAAGAGAUUGAUGGGGUGAUGGACGUGAUAAAGAAGACUUGGGGAGUCCUAGGGUUCAAUCAGAUGCUUCAUAACAUUAGUUUUACAUGGAUUCUCUUCCAACAAUUUGUGGCUACAGGCCAAAUAGAAUUAGAUUUUCUCGGAGCGGUAGAAAGUCAGCUAGCAGAGGUUGGCAAGGAUGCAAAAGAAGCCAAAGAUCCUCUCUACAUGAGGGUCCUCAAUUCUACACUGGAUUCAAUAUUGGAAUGGGCAGAGAAGAAACUUCUUUUUUAUCAUGAUACAUUUCAUACCAAUGGACCCGAGUUUAUGCAGAAUGUUCUUGGUCUUGCAUUGGCAACUGUUAAAAUCUUAGUUGAGGAUGUUCAUCAGGAGAACAAAGAGAAGCUGGACAUUUCACGCAAUAGGAUUGAUAUCUACAUUCGUUCAUCCCUCCAGAGUGCAUUUGCUAAGAAGGUAGGACAGGUAGAUGCAAGAAAUACACUUUUCAAAGGACAGGGAAUGCCAAAUCCAGAUCUUUUGAUAAUGGCACGAGAUACUUGGGAACUUGCGAGGAAAGAGAAGGACACUUUUAGCCCAGUGUUGAAGUUGUGGCACCCCUUUCCAUUAGGCAUUGCUGCUGUUACUCUUCAUUCUUGCUAUGGAAGAGACCUGAAACGGUUCCUAUCAGGUGUUACAACAUUGACACCUGAGGCUAUUCAAGUAUUUCUCUCUGCAGAAAAUUUAGAGAAGGAACUAGUCCGGAUUGCUGUUGAAGACUCAGUGGAUUGUGAAGAUGGUGGAAAAGCGGUCAUGCAGGAAAUGUCACCCUAUGAGGCUAAUUCUACCAUUGCAUACUUAACGAAAAUAUGGAUCAAAGAGAGACUAGACAGACUCCAGGAAUGUGUGAACGGUAGUAAAAAGCAAGAGGUAUGGAGUCCAAAGAGUGCCCAGGAGCAAUAUGCAUCAUCAGCAGUGGAAGUUCUAGCUAUUAUUAAAGAUUCAUUAGAUGCAUUUUUUAAGUUUUCUAUACCUAAUCAGUUGGACUCUCUUCUUUACCUUGUUUCUGGACUUGAAAGAUCUCUACAAUGCUAUAUUUCCAAUGCAAAAUCUGGAUGUGGAUCCAAGAAUAGUUAUCUCCUGUCUUUUCCGUCACUGACAAGAUGCAAGAAGGAAACAAAGUGUUUUGGCCUGUGGAAAAGGAAGAAGAAAUCCCCUGUAUUUCAGAAAAGCAAAAGCAGCAGAGGUUCGAAAUGUUUAAAGACCCCAAUCUUUCGUAGAAGCAAAAGUUUGGGAGGGUCAGUAAGUUGUUUACAGUCUACUAAAGGUGCUACAUUUGGUUUGGCACAAUUGUUUGUUCGCAUGAAUACCUUGUAUCACAUUCAAUCUGAACUCAAUUCGCUAGACCAAGUUAUAUCUCAUGGUCCAAAAAAUCAUAUCCCAAAUGAAACUAGCCUUUCAGAUUCAACUCCUAAGGCUGCAUUGAGUCUGCUUGAGAUCAAUUUUAAUCAUGCUCGAGCUGAUAUAGAGGAUGGAAUUCAGAAGCUUUGUGAAUGUGCAGCCUACAAGGUUGUUUUCCAUGAUUUGAGGUGUGUUCUAAUUGAAGGCUUAUAUAAUGGAGGUGUGUCAACUUCUAGAAUCGGCCCUGUUCUCAUAAAACUUGAACUAAAUCUACAGAUCAUAAAAAAUUCAGUCAAAGACAAAAUGUGGGAUUGCAUAAUUGAUGCGUUAACGAAGACUACAUUUGAAGGAUUUCUUUCAGUAUUGCUGGCAGGAGGUCCGACUCGUGUAUAUUCAAAACAUGAUUCUCAAAUGAUUGAGGAAGACUUAAAGUCUCUUAAAGACCUGUUUAUAACUAGUGGGGUGCCAUCGGAAAUGGUAGAAAAUGCAGCAACAAGCACUUCAAAAAUUUUGCUCCUGUUUUCUUCCAAUACAGAAGAUAUUAUCAAAAAACUCAAAGCUGCACUUUUUGAAGCAACUGGACGAAGUUCAACCACGUCAAGGUUACCUCUACCUCCUACAUCAGGUGUAUGGAGCUUGACAGACCCAAAUACUAUUUUGCGUGUCUUAUGUUAUCGAAAUGAUUAUUUGGCUUCACACUUUCUGAAGAAAACUUAUCGCCUACCAAAAAAGAUUUAACAAUUGAUACAGCCAGUCUGUAGUCUGAAUGUGAUCCCUUGUGUAUUUUUCAUAACAUAUAAUCAAUAUAGAGUGAAUUUGGAAAUCAUUUGUCAAUGGAACCAAAUGAUUUAGGAAGAAGAAAAGGCAGUUGGACUGUCUCAAAAAGGCUACUGAAAGGAGUUCUCUUGUAAAAAAUUUCACUUGGUUUAUCACAUUAGAAGAUUGAUUAUUCUUUGAUAUGUUCGGCUGUCAUAUUCCUCCUUAAC